AUGAUUAUACUUUACUUAUUUUUUCUGGCUCUCGUAGUUCCCGUAUUAGCUGAAAACGCUACAGCAAUCCCUCAAAAUGGAACGGAAAUCGAUUAUGGUCCGGAUCCGAUGGAACUCGAGAUUCGUCAGGAUCCAAGAUGUUUACCCGGUUGUUUUUUCGAAACGAACAUUCUGGGAAGUUGGUUUAUAGAUGAUUUUCCACGAAACUGUACAACUGUCUGUGCACCAUAUGGCUUCCGGAUCGACGGUCAAACAGAUCUGUCUGAAAAACAACUAGCUGAAACUCUGAAAAAUAUGAAAAAUGUGAUUGCGUUUCAAUUUGCUGUAACUCAUACAAGAUUCAAGAACACUCAGUUUUUGGCAAACUUGGAAACUGUGGAUUGUUAUGACGUUGGGACAUUUCGGCAUUCCAUAAACUACAGAAUGGAAGACGUUGGACUUCUGAAUUUGUCAAAUGUUUCUUGCAAUAUUGAAAUUGGAUCUAACAAUAAUAUGACUCAGUUGAACUUGCCGAAAUUAAAUCUCGUCCACUCUCCAUACGCCAAUUACAGCUCGUUCACUGUAUCAGUCUCCUAUAAUCAUCCAGAUUUCUGUAUUACAGUUUCGGAAAUGCUCAAAUUCAUGGUUUACAACGAUACCAACUUUAAUUGGAUGAUUGGAGAUUACUGUAGACUUUCGAACAAUUCAGAACUAUUAUCACAAAAAUAUUGUGAUGUUCGAGACACUCCAUUAGAAGUUAUGGCUUCUAAUUGUUUGAAAAUAGUUGGAAAUUUGUUAAUUGAUGAGAAAAACGAGAUUUUUGUUGGAAAAUUGGCAAAUGUGGAUACCAUUUUUGGAAAUUUGAUCAUCAGAAAUACAAAUUUGACGGACACCAAUUUUUUAGGAAGUUUGACCACGGUCAUGUCUAUGAGAAAGGGUGAACCUGUGAUUUUGAUCGAGAACAAUCCGGAAUUACGCAAUGUGACUAUUCCGAAAUUUGUGAAGUACCACGCUCCUCAAACCCAUGUUCCGGUCCAAAUGUACAAUAACAGUGCUGAACUGUCAAAAACAUCAAAAUUCUGCAAUGAUCUUCAGAGCCAGCUAACGGACACGAUGACGUGGAUCGUCAGAAUCGAUGGAUUGGUUUGUGAUGAAGGAUGUGUAUUCGCUAAAACAGUAGUCAUAACUUCAGAGUCUAUCAAAAAUUUUCCAUCGAAUUGUAGUAGAAUUUGUGCAAAUUUGGAAUUUAAUGAUAAUUCGAACUUGUCAGAAAUCGAAUUGCUUCCUAUGUUUCAAAAUUUGAAAGAGCUAUUCGGAAGUCUGAAGUUUGUCAACACCAAUUUUGAAAGUGCAAGUUUUCUGGCCAGCUUGGCUGUUAUAGAAUGUGAUUCCGGAGGGUUCUUCAAAUUUGAAAACAAUCAGAAUAUGAAAGAAAUUGGGAUGAAAAGUUUAAUUCGUUGCGUUUGUGAUUUUGAAGUUUCGCUGGCCCCCAAGCUUGAAAAAUUGAACUUUCCACUUCUGAAGAACUUUACUCAUUCCUCUGGAAAUAUUUCCCAAGUUGAAAUGUCGAUUUCAAAUGUCUCCUCAAACUUUUGUAUAACAUUCCAAGAAAUGCAGCAUUUCAUGAUGAAUGAGAAUUUAUUUCUGAAAAAUUUCACUGGACAUUUUUGUAAACAGCCCGGAAAAUAUUGUGCUGAUGUGUGUGAAAUCGAAAGUUCCAAUAUUUAUUUUCGAUGUGAAAUUAUGUCAGGAUCAAUCGUGGUGAAUUCGGAAAAUCAGUUGAUAUCUGAUGCUUUGAAUACUGUAAAAUGGAUUUUUGGAAAUUUGAAAAUCGAAAAUACAAACAUGACGAAAUUUCAUGUUUUGAAUAGCUUAGAGUAUGUUGUUUCUUUGGACAAUUCCAACGCAAUAGAAAUUGUCGGUAAUCGGAAGCUAGUAGAGAUUUCGAUUCCGAAUUUGAAGAGAGUCCAAACGAACCAAAAAAGAUGGCUCCAGAUUCAAGGGAAUAAUGAAAAAUUGACAGAUUUUGUGAUAGAACAAGAUCAAUUCUGUAAAACUCUCACAAAUUAUAAUGGCGAAAAUCAAUUCGUCUCAGAAAUUGAUGGGAAAAUUUGUCACCCGAAAUGCAUUUUUCCAAAUCCCCCGUUUCACAAACUUGCAAAAGACUUGAUUCCAAUUUUUCUGGAUUGCACAACUAUUUGUGCAGAUAUUAUCAUUGAUCAAAACACAUCAUUUCCAGAGGGUUCUCUGAUAUUUUCGUUUAAACAUGUGAAAAAGAUUUUUGGAAGCUUAAAAGUUUCUCAAACGAAUUUCACAACUGGUUCAUUUUUGGGAGGCAUUGAGGAAAUUGAAUGCGAUAAAUCAGAUAGUUUUAUUUUCGAAAAUAAUUUUGAAAUGACUGAAAUAGGAAUGCUGCAUCUUACAAGAUGUGCUUGUCAAUUUAUGGUUUACCAGAAUCCCAAAAUGACUGGGUUAAAUCUUCCAAAUCUGAGAAAUUUCCAUCCACAAAAUAAAUCAAUCGUUCAAUACAUCGAUAUGCAAAUUUACGAUAUGCCCUCAGAAUUUUGUAUUGACCACAUGGAAAUGGAAAAUUUUAUAAAAGAGCCAAGCUUAUUUAUGAGCACUUUACCAAUAAAUUAUUGCUCUGUUUUCAAUUUCCCAACGUCUCCCGGCCAGGACACAAUCUGUGAAUUUAAAGAGAAUUUUACAAUGCAAGAGCUAGAUUCAAAUUGUACGACACUGCUUGGAAAUGUUACUUUAACGAAUAAGAAUCAAGAUUUUUUGUAUAAAAUUCAAAGUGUAAAAUAUCUUUUUGGAACUUUGGAAAUUUAUCAAACUAAUUUAACAACAAUAGAACUACCAAAUUUGGAAUAUGUGGCUUCUUUGAGAAAACAAAAACCAGCCAUCAGACUUGUUGCGAAUUUUAACCUAACAAAUUUUCAAUUGCCUAAAUUGAAGAGAGUUCGAGCAUAUCAAAGAGAAUGGAUCAGGUUUGAAGAUAAAAAUGAUGAAUUGAUGCGAAAUUUAAAAAAUCAACCGCAAAUUUGUCUUCCCCAUCGUGACAUUUUGAAUGAAACAAUUCUGUAUGAAGCGAGAAUCGGAGAUAAAUAUUGUGAUGAUGUAGUGAAAUCAAUUGAUGAGAAUAAUUUUUCUUCGAGUAUCUUGGAAAUUCCAUCAAGUUUUGUUUUUAUUACACUACUGUGGAUUUGA